CCAUCUAUAAUAUAUUCAAAUUGGCUUGAAUACAUACAACAUACCACCAAUGCCAGGGUUUUCGCCCGAGCAGACCGACUCAAUAACGGCAACAUGGAAGAAACGCAAGUGGGACCAUGAGGAGCCUAGGACUCUAGCACGUCCAGCAACAUAUAUUCCAUCCUGCCGAGUUGAUCGGCCUGAAUACGACGGUGGCUGCUCACUGCCUCUAUCACGACACCCAGACGGAACAGACGUUUCCUUCCGACCACGAUGUCUCCCUCGCAAGCGCCGACAUGUCCAAGGCCCUUAUCUUACACUGCCAUCCCACCAGCUCCAGCAUCAACAUCAGCUCCAGCACUCACAUCAACUCCAACUCCAACAAUCACCAACUCACCUCUCCCCAAACGUCUACGGCACCCCAAACCAAGAUCCAUACUCACCUCCGGUCUCUCCCAAAACCCUCGUCCCCUUGCACUACCCAACCCAACAAUCUGCCCCCCUUCCGCGCUCCGUCCCUGUCACAUCUGCCACCGCCGCCCAACAACCCGCCAAGUCCUCGACGCCUACGCAGACUGUGAUCUCUGCCACGAACGGGCAUGCUUCAUCUGUCUCCGACAAUGCGAUAGCGCAUCCUGCGGUGGGACAUUCGGUCUGCCAGAACUUAACCGACGACGCCAGCUACAAUUCUAGCGAGGUACCGAGGAGGAAAAUCUGCUCUGGCUGCGCUGUGGAGGAAGUCACCGAGACCGGAGCGGAGAUUGUGCGCUGUCUUGACUGCGUCCGUGGUGCGAGCUCGUGGGCUGCGGCGUCUAUUCCUUCUGAUUGGGCUUUGGACGAUAUGCGACAUGAAGAUAUGACCGAGUGA